CUCUGUGAAUCCACAUCACAGCUAUUUUACAGCCUUUACUCAAGCAACCGAUUCUCUUUAGAAUAUAAGGCUUUCAAAUUGCUCUUACAUUUUGGAAAAAUCAUGAAAGCCCCCCGAGGAAAGCAAACUAUCCGUGUUUAAACCCCUGUCCUCCGUAUUGCUGAUGCUUUGGACAAGAGGAAACAACUGAAGUCCAUCGGACGAGGAGGAGAGACUAAGAUUCCUAAGAAAACGUAUUUGCAACGAGUUUACUGCAGGUGAAGUGUUUAUACCUCAUAAAGGCUGCAGAGAGCGUCAUUCAUCGCAUCAUUGAAGAGGAACAAUUGGCCACAUGGAGAAUGGAGACUGGACACACAUGAUGAUGGAUAUGGUUACCCUAAACGUUGGCGGCCAUUUGUACACCACGUCACUCUCCACCCUCCAGCGUUAUCCAGACUCUAUGUUGGGCGCCAUGUUUCGUGGUGACUUUCCCACCACACGAGACGCCCAAGGCAACUAUUUUAUAGAUCGAGAUGGUCCUCUAUUCCGUUACAUCUUAAAUUUUUUACGAACCUCGAAACUGACGCUACCAUGUGACUUCAAAGAAACAGAGCUCCUUCGGAAGGAAGCAGACUUCUAUCAGAUAGAGCCCCUGAUCCAGUGUUUAGGAGACACCAAACCCCUUUAUCCACUGGACACUUUUGAGCAAGUGGUAGAACUUUCAAGUACUCGUAAGCUGUCCAAGUACUCAAACCCGGUGGCGGUCAUUAUCACCCAACUCACCGUCACCACCAAAGUUCAUGCACUACUCGAAGGCAUCUCCAACAACUUCACCAGAUGGAAUAAACACAUGAUGGACACCAGAGACUUUCAAAUGUCCUUUACCUUUGGACCAUGUGACUACCACCAAGAGGUUUCCCUUCGGGUGCAUCUGGUAGAGUACAUCUCCAAGCAAGGCUUCACGAUUCGCAACAUGCGGGUGCAUCACAUGAGUGAACGCGCCAAUGAGAAUACAGUAGAACAUCAUUGGACGUUUUGUAGAGUUGCGCAGAAGGUUGAGGACUGAUUGAUGCUGCAUUGAUGUCUGAAUAUUAACCAUAUUUAUUGGUAAUAUUCAGAGCAACUUGAGAAAUUACGAGUUUAACAAAGAUGUGAGUGAUUUUUAAUACCUGUGAACUUAUAAUUAAGGUAAUUCCAAAUUACUUGAAUGCACCACAUCUCCACUGCAGAUCCUGGUUCAGGGUAACCAAUAAUGAACACAAUUAAAAUGUUUUCUGUUGUAUGUAUUUUGUCCUAUAGUGUUUUAUGCGCCUUCUCACCCACUUCAGAUGUUUAUGGGUGAAAGGAACCUGAACAAUUUCUAUAAGUACUAUAUACCGCAUAUACUUGGAAAAACUGACUCGAAUUUCUUUCUUGAUUGUCAAAUCUAUUUAUGCAACCUUUAAAUCAGAAACUUUUAUAUAUAUUGCAUCAGUGUUAAAUAUACAGUAUUCAGUUGUAUUUAUAGUAUUUGUGCAGAUAUUUUGUCUUGUGAUUGAGCCCAUAAACUGUAAAUGGUUUGCAUGAUUCUGUGCUAUCUGCACUAUUAUUGAUUCAGUAAUAUUUUCCCCCUUUGAGAUAUGUAAAAAUGAUGUAAUUUGCAUGUUGCUCAAUAUGUUUUGUGGCCUAAAGCUUUGAGCAAAACAAUACCUCUUAUGAUCAGCUGGCCAGACCAAAUUUUGGAGUUAAUGUCCCAUUUAAAAUU